ACCAUGUUUCGUCCUCGCACUCUCAGAGUUGAUUAUGAUAAAAGUGUAAACGUCGUUUGCGUGGUGGGCUCGGCGCUUCACGUAGCACUGAACAGGAGUGCGCCUCCAAACUCUGCAUACUUCUCAGUCAAAUGCACCGCCAACGUUCAGUACAGCAUUGCCCCGCCCACCCAGGCGACCUCUCACCUUUACCCCACUUCCCUGGAUGUAAAGACAAUGCUGCUCAUCUCCAUGAGCAGUGCCAGCGAACAUGAGAACGACAGCAAGCUGUCUGUCCGAUACUACGGGAAGGAUAAAGAAGUUUUGAGCACUGCCAUCCUGCAUUUGACAGCACUUGAAAUCUCUCUUGAUGUGGAUGCUGACCGAGAUGGCGUUGUGGAGAGAAACAACCCUAAUAAGAGUUCUUGGAAGUGGGGUCCUAAUGGACACGGAGCCAUCCUAUUGGUCAACUGUGACUCGGAGCGACGUUUUUCCAAAACACUCGACACUGAGGUGGACUACAUCUCCAAGUUGUCAGAUCUGCGGGACAUGUCCGAGAUGAUUCUGCGGACACGAGGGCCCACUAAGCUUCCGCCAGGCUACAAGCUCACCAUGCACAUUUCUCAGGGCGACGCAGAGAGCGUCAGGGUUUACAGGUCCAGUCCUCACUCGUAUGGAAAUUUUCUGUCUGGCGUAUCGGGCGAUUUUACUCGAGUGUUGACAAGCCAGAUGUUGUCUAGGGAGGUGCCGUACCUCGGGGGCGUCGCCGAGAUGAGCUUUUACGUGGAGGGUCUCAGGUUUCCGGACAAGGACUUUGAUGGGCUCAUCAGUAUCAAUCUUAGCCUGCUAGAGCCCAUAUGUAAAGGUCUUCCCGAGACCCCCAUUUUCACGGACACCGUCGUGUUUAGAGUGGCGCCGUGGAUCAUGACGCCAAACACAUUACGGCCGGUUGAGGUGUUUGUGUGCAGCACGUCAGAUAACUACGGCUUCCUGAAAGGGAUGAAAAAUCUGGUGGCAAACAGCGGCUACAAGCUCAACAUUUGUCACGAGUACAUGAACAGAGGCGACCGCUGGAUGCAAGAUGAGUUGGAAUUUGGGUACAUCGAAGCACCACAUCACCGCUUUCCCGUGGUCUUGGAUUCACCCAGAGAUGGAAAGCUUUUGGAUUUUCCCUACAAUGAACUACUGGGCCCAGACUUUGGCUACGUCACAAGAAUGGCCCUGAGAAAAGACGUGAGCAGUCUGGACUCAUUCGGCAACCUGGAAGUCAGUCCUCCUGUCACGGUCGACGGGAAAGAAUAUCCGUUGGGAAGGAUCAUCAUCGGUGUGGCUUUUCCCACAGCCACCAAAGGACGGAACAUGACCAAAGUGGUUCAGGACUUCCUAUGGGCACAGAAGGUCCAACAGCCCAUCGCUUUGUUUUCCGACUGGCUUGUCGUCGGGCACGUAGAUGAAUUCAUGACGUUUGUUCCUGCACCAGACAGAAAGGGAUUUCGGCUCCUGCUGGCCAGUCCGGACGCUGGCUACAAGCUAUUCAGAGGCCUAAAGAACAACGGCCAUGGAAAGGCCAAACUAUUUGAGGGGCGCAGUGACCAAAAGCCGAUCACAGUGGAUGAAAUACUGGAAGACGAAGCCUUUCAAGCUGAGAACAACUACGUUCAGAGCUGCAUUGACUGGAACAGAGACGUGCUGAAGCGUGAGCUGGGCUUGGAUGACGCCGACAUCAUCGACUUGCCCAUCCUCUUCAAGUUAGAACAGGAUGUCGACCACGAGUUCCGAGCGGUGGCCUUCUACCCGGACAUGGUGAACAUGAUUGUGCUGGGGCAAAACCUGGGCAUCCCCAAACCAUUCGGCCCCAAGGUGAACGGCCGCUGUGCCCUGGAGGCGGAGAUGUGCUCCCUAAUGGGGGGUCUGGGACUCAACUGCACCUUUAUCGACGAUUUUGCCUCUUACCACCAGCUCCUGGGUGAGGUCCACUGUGGCUCCAAUGUACGCAGAGAAGCGUUUAACUUCAAGUGGUGGGAAUUAGACAUGUGA